UUCUAAUCAAAUCAAUGAGCAUUCAAGAAAAGUUAAAAAAAGAAAAUGUAAGUUUUAUAAAAUAUGUUACGGGGCAGCAAUAAUUGCAUAUGACUAUUAUAUGAAGUACCUAUUGAAGCAAGGUAAUAGAUUUCUUUAUUCUCAUGGAUGGACUUGGGUUCGAGAAACUCUUAACACUCCAGGUGAAAGUUAUAACAUGUUUAGAAUGGAAACUCAUGCUAUAUUGAAACUUGAAAAAUUAUUAGUGAGUAGGGGAUGGUUGCACCCAUCUAAAGAAAUGACGUCAUUGGAGGCACUUGCUAUGUUUCUUUGGAGUUGUGCGCAUAGUGAAACUAAUCGAAAUAUUCAAAAUAAAUUUGGAAAGUCGGGAGAGACCGUAAGUAGGAAGUUUACUGAAGUUCUAGAAAGUUUAUGUUUACUAGCAAAAGAAAUUGUGAAGCCUCCAGAUUUUAACUUUGUAGAAAUUCCCUCCAAAAUCAAGGAUGAUCGAAGGUAUUGGCCAUACUUUGAAGGAUGCAUCGGUGCUAUAGAUGGAACACAUAUUCCUGCAAUUGUUCCCACUAAAGAUCAAAUUCCCUAUAUUGGAAGAAAGGGAUAUCCAACACAGAACGUCAUGUUAGUGUGUAACUUUGAUAUGUUAAUCACUUUUGUUGUUGUUGGAUGGCCUGGUACUGCACAUGACACUCGUAUUCUUUCGUCUGUUAUUGAAGAAAUGAAAAGUGUUUUCCCUCAUCCUCCUGAAGGAAAAUACUAUUUAGUUGAUGCUGGAUAUCCAAACAUGAAAGGAUAUUUAUCACCAUAUAAAGGUGAAAGAUAUCAUAUUCCUGAUUUUAGAGAUGGAAGUCCAGCAGAAGGCAUACGUGAAGUAUUCAAUCAUGCACAUUCUUCAUUGAGAAAUGUCAUUGAAAGAACAAUUGGCGUUUGGAAGAAGAGGUGGCAUAUUUUAUGUGAUAUGAGACCAUUUCCACUAAUCAAACAACAAAAGAUCAUAGUUGCAACAACAGCGCUCCAUAACUUCAUUCGAAUAUGUGGUGUUGAAGAUGUGGAAUUUAACAAGUGUGAUCAAAACCGUGGGUAUAUACCGGAGCGUGAAGAAGAAAGAAAUACUAAUGAAGAUAUGAGUUCACACAAUCUUAGAAGAGUACAAGAUGGGAGCUAUAUGGAUAGAGCUAGAAAUCAAAUAGCCACUAGAUUGUUGGAAAACAAAAUCGUUUAAGAUUGUGAUGAUUUAUUUUUUACAAUAAGAUUGUGAUGAUUUUUUUUUUAGUUAUGAAUUAUU